GCCGGGGGCGGGGCCGAGCUGAGAGCCUCUCGGCGGGCGGCGGCUAGGAUGGAGGCGGGAGCCGCGGCCGGCCAUGAUCCCUUCUUGCCUGUGUUACCUGCUGCUGCCGGCCGCGCGCCUCUUCCGCGCCCUCUCAUAUGCUUUCUUCACAUGUCGAAAAAAUGCCCUCCUGGCGAAGAGCUCUUCCCCCCAGGUAGAGGGCAGCUUUGACAUGGCUCCCCGGGGCCCGGAGCAGGAGGAGUGUGAGGGCCUGCUGCAGCAGUGGCGAGAGGAGGGGGCGAGCCAGGUGUUCUCUGCUGUGAGCGAGGGUCCCCUUUCAGACAAGGGACUGGCUCAAAGCAGCCUGGCACUCCUGAUGGAUAAUCCUGCAGAACAGGAUGCUGCUUCAGAGGACAAGUGGUCCGGCAGGCAGCUGAGUGACCUGUGGGCAGCAGAGAACCUGGCUGAGCCUGUCCCCGAGGUGCCAGGAGAGGAGCCACUGCCAGAGGUCGAGGGCCUGGUGUGGGCAGCUGUGCCUGUGCAGACGGGCCCCCAGUAUGCAGACUGUGCUGUCCUCCCCAUGGGUGUGCUGGCCACAGAGCAGUGGGAAGAGGACCCCGCGGUGUUGGCCUGGAGCAUAGCGCCUGAGCCUGUGCCCCAGGAAGAGGCUCCCGACUGGUCCUUUGAGGGCCUGGGGCAGCUGCAGCCUCCCCUGAUGGAGAUACCAUACCAUGAAAUCCUGUGGCGAGAGUGGGAGGACUUCUCUGGCCAGCCAGAAGCCCAGGGCCUGGAGGCAGGGGAUGGCCCUCAGUUCCAGUUCACCCUGAUGUCGUACAACAUCCUGGCACAGGACCUGAUGCAGCAGAGUGCGGAGCUCUACCUCCACUGCCACCCGGACAUCCUCAGCUGGAACUAUCGUUUUGCGAACCUCCUGCAGGAGUUCCAGCACUGGGACCCGGAUAUCCUGUGUCUCCAAGAAGUCCAGGAAGACCAUUACUGGGAGCAGCUGGAGCCCUCUCUGCGCAUGAUGGGCUUCACCUGCUUUUACAAGAGGAGAACGGGCUGUAAGACGGAUGGCUGUGCCGUCUGCUACAAGCCCACCCGGUUCCGCCUCCUCUGCGCCAGCCCUGUGGAGUUCUUCCGGCCUGGCCUGGAGCUCCUCAAUCGGGACAACGUGGGCCUCGUGCUGCUGCUGCAGCCGCUCGUCCCAGAGGGCCUGGGGCCAGUCUCGGUGGCCCCCCUGUGUGUGGCAAACACCCAUGUCCUUUACAACCCACGCCGUGGUGACGUCAAGCUGGCCCAGAUGGCCGUUCUUCUGGCGGAAGUGGACAAGGUGGCCAGGCUGUCAGAUGGCAGCCACUGCCCUAUCAUCCUGUGUGGGGACCUGAAUUCUGUCCCCGACUCGCCCCUCUACAACUUCCUCAGGGAAGGCGAGCUCCAGUACCACGGGAUGCCGGCCUGGAAGGUGUCUGGACAGGAAGACUUCUCCCAUCAGCUUUACCAGAGAAAGCUGCAGGUCCCGCUGUGGCCCAGCUCCCUGGGCAUCACCGAUUGCUGUCAGUAUGUCACCUCCUGUCACCUCAGGAGAUCAGAGAGGCGUAAGUAUGGUCGAGACUUCCUGCUGCGUUUCCGCUUCUGUGACAUCGCUUGUCAGCGACCAGUAGGACUGGUUCUCAUGGAAGGAGUGACAGACAGUAAGCCAGAGCGACCUGCAGAUUGGGCCGAGUCUGUCGUUGAGGAAGACACAUUGGAGCCUGAGCCUGCCUCCCCCAGGCCUGCAGGCACCAUCCAGCAUUGCCUCCACCUGACCUCGGUGUACACCCACUUCCUGCCCCAGCAUGGCCGCCCGGAGGUCACCACGAUGCCUCUGGGACUCGGGAUGACCGUGGACUACAUCUUCUUCUCAGCUGAGUCCUGCGAGAAUGGGAGCAGACCUGGUACACCUGAUGGACCUGGUCUCCUCCACUCCUGGGGCUCUGGGUGUCCCCAGUGGCAGGGCAGGCAUGGGCUGGCUUGGUGCUGGGACUCAGCCGUGGGGGAGCAGAUUCUGGGCCUCCUUGGCCGCCGGCCUUGUCUCCCUGCAGGCCAGUGUGGCCUUCUCUCUCCCCACUCAUGCGGUGUUAGAGGUGGAUUGGACAGUCCCUUUCUGUCCCCGUAGGAGAGGCCAGAUGGGGAUUAGAUUGGUCCAGUGGCAGCUGGUUCCUGAGGGCCUGGGCUAGGAUAAAAGACCCUGCUUUCUGUCUCCUCAUACUGGUAGUCACAGUGUGGCCAUCCCCCAGCCCCACGCCUGUGUUGUUUAAAGGAUAUUUUAAAAUAUCUGAAUUGAAUGUUAUGUUUAAAAGUCAGACUUUACAUAGAAAAGCAGGAUCUUGGUCAGGCGCGGUGGCUCAAACCUGUAAUCCCAGCAAUUUGGGAGGCUGAGGUGAAGGGACUACCUGAGCCCGGGGUUUCGAGACCAGCCUGGGUAAUUUAGUGAGACCUUGGCACUAUGAUAUCUCAAAAAAUUAGCCGGAUAUGGUAGCAUGAGCCUGUAGUUCUGGCUACUUGGAAGGCUGA